AUGUUCAGUAACAACGACGCCGACAUUGUCCCAGGAAAGACCUUCGCGUCUCAAGAUAAGCUGCCAAAGCUACCGGUGCCUCCAUUGGAGGAAACAUGUAGAAGGUACCUUCGCGCACUCGAAGGUCUUCAAGAUCCGGAGGAGCAUACAAAGACGAAAGAGGUCGUGAGGGAGUUUCUAGAAAACGAAGGACCAGAAAUUCAACAAAAGCUAAUGGACUGGGCAAGAACCCGAGACAGUUAUAUCGAAGAGUUUUGGUACGAAUCGUAUCUAUCGCACAGUGACCCAGUAGUCCUUGCUUUAAAUCCCUUCUUCGUCCUCGAAAAUGAUCCUACACCGAAUCGAGGCUCGCAGCUUCCUCGGGCUGCGUCUCUCAUCAUAGCCUCGUUGGGCUUCAUUCAUGAUCUUCGUGCCAAGAUACUUGAACCUGACCAUGUACGUUCAACCCCGCUCGACAUGGAUCAGUACACUAGGCUGUUCGGUGCUGCAAGAAUACCUACUGAUAAAGGCUGCCGAAUGGAAACCAGUACAAAUUCGCAUCAUAUCGUAGUCCUUCGGCGUGGACAAUUUUACUGGUUCGAUGUACUUGACUCUGAAAAUAGACCUCUUCUUACCGAACGAGAGAUGAUUCGGCAUCUACAAGCCAUCGUCGAUGACGCUUCCACUCUUUCUACCAAGGAUGUCGCACAAAGAGCUAUGGGUGUUCUUUCUACUGAGAAUCGCAAGAUAUGGUCCAAACUUCGUGCCACCAUUUCUAGUGACAGACACAAUGCCUCCUGCCUCGAGAUCGUCGACCGCGCCUUGUUCAUUGUUUGCCUCGACGAUGGACUACCCAUGAAGGAUGAUUUACCGCAGCUGUGUAGCAAUUUCUUGUGUGGAACGUAUGGACUUGAAGAAGGUAUUCAAGUUGGGACCUGUACUAACCGUUGGUACGACAAGCUACAGAUCAUCGUUUGCUCUGAUGGGGCAGCUGGAAUAAACUUUGAACACACUGGCGUAGACGGUCAUACCGUAUUGAGGUUUGCUGCCGAUAUAUUUACAGAGUGUCUCAUGCUUCUUGCUCGAUCGAUAAAUCCUGCUGCGCCAACUCUCUUUCACGCUCAGCUCUCUCCGCAUGCUAAAUCGUACAAACCACCCAGGAAUGCAAAGACGACUGUACCGGAAGUGGAACCUAUCGAUACCACACCCAAGAAACUCGAGUGGGACCUUACCUCAGAACUACGAGUCGGGAUUCGCUUCGCCGAAACUAGAAUUAGCGAUUUGAUUUGUCAAAAUGACUGUCAGGCUCUUGAAUUCAAGGGCUAUGGAAAGAACUUUAUCACUAGUCAUGGAUUUAGUCCCGAUGCAUUUGUCCAGAUGGCGUUGCAAGCAGCUUAUUUUGGUCUAUAUGGAAGAAUUGAGUGUGUCUACGAACCGGCAAUGACAAAGGCCUUCCUACAUGGACGAACGGAAGCAAUCAGGUCUGUUCAAUCGGAGAGCAUCGAGUUUACCAAGAUAUUCUACUCUGAAGCACCAGCAAGUGCGAAAGUCGCUGCGCUUCGAAAAGCUUGCGAGCGACACGUUAAGCUCACGAAAGAAUGUAGUCAGGGGCUGGGGCAGGAUCGACAUCUCUACGCACUUUACUGCCUUCUUCAACGAGAGCGCCAAGCAGGCGGUGAAAACCCACUCCCUGCCAUAUUUUCCGACCCUGGAUGGGUCGUUCUAAAUACGUCAAUCUUGUCCACGUCGAAUUGCGGUAACCCUGCGUUGAGAUUGUUUGGUUUUGGUCCUGUUGCAGCUCCUGGAUUUGGGAUUGGGUAUAUCAUCAAAGACGAUGGACUAUCCAUUUGUGCUUCGUCAAAACAUCUUCAGACCCGCCGAUUCCUUGACACACUCCAAGGUUUCCUCCUCGACAUUCAACGUACCGUUAUACACCUCCAUCGAGCAGCAAACGAACGUCCAUCACCCUUUGUGGACCAUUCCGGUGUUCUAAGGGAUGCAAGAACUGGGCGACCGAUUAACGGGCGCGUGUUGGAUGAUGAGGAGGAGGACGAAAUCGCUCUUCCUGGGUAUUCGUUCUUCGGAAGCGGUGAUGUUGAGAAAAUUCUUGGUCAGAGAAAGAGAGCUGAACAACCAUAUUCACAUAUUGGUAAAGUUAUACAAAUGGCCGAAUAUUGA